AUGUGUACCUUUGUGACGGGGUUCAGCCGUCCUGGGUACACUGGGUUUUUUACAAGCGGGAAACCCGGCACGGUGCUUCGGGGCAAUGGUUGGAUCGCAUUUUGCUUCUUAUCAUUGGAUCCAUUGGAUAGCACCGUUGUGUGCAUCUAUCAUCCAUGGGAUGCUAUAUUAUCUUAUUCCACCUUACUCUCGGAAGAGUACCCCAUAUGUGAGUGA